GCUCACCAUCAGCAGCAGCAGCAGCAGCAGGAGGAGGAGGAGGAGCAGCAGCAGCAGCUGGGGAUGAGGAGGCCCCACUGAUCCCGGGCUCCGCACCUCUUCAGGAGGUGGUGGCGCGGCUGCUGAUGUCUCCAGAGUGUCUGUACAGCCCUUGGGGGACAGCCGUGUGCAGCGAAGAGCAGCAGCAGCAGCUGCAGCAGCAGCAGCAGCUGCUGCUGCCUCUCUCUAUCGGCAGAUGGAAGCUAUUAGAGCCCCUAGACACAGCAUCAUGCGAGGGGGAUUUAACUCAAGUUUUGCUGCCUCCCCCGCUGCUGCGGUGGUUUGCUGCUGCUUCUGCAGCAGCUACUGCAGCAGAUGACGGAGCAGCAGCAGCGGGAGCUGCUGCUGCUGCUGCGGCUCGUGUUGAUGCUGGGGAUGUGAGGUCGAGCUGCUUCGCUCAGGGUUUGCUGGUGAGUUGGCGCAGCAGCAGCAGUAGCAGCAGCAGCACCAGCAGCACACCACCCGCAGCAGCAGUCGCAGCAGCAGCAGCAACAUCACUAGCAGCGGCAACAAUAGCAGCAGCAGCAGUAGCAGCAACAGCAGCAGCAGCAGCAGCAACUGUGAUGAGUGUUGUCUUUGCAGAUUCCGACGGCACUCUGUAUAUAAUUGGCAGCAGCAUAGACGUCUGCAAUGCUGCUGUUUCCCCGCUGCGCCCUGCUGCUGCUGCUGCUGCUGCUGCUGCUGCUGCUGCGGAUCUAAAGGCCAAGAGAGGAAGGCCCGUUGACUUAGACUGGCUGCCACAGCCUCUGGCAGCAGCAGCAGGCAAAGCAGCAGCAGCAGCAACAGCAGCAGUAGAUGCUGCAGCAGCAGCAGCACGAAGUUUUGCUUCUUUACUCUUCGAUUCCCCACGCCGCUGCUGCGCCUCAGUGGCCUCAGUUGGCUGGCAGGUGUCUAGGGAUAAUGCGGACCCGGCAGGACGUUGCCUUGUCACGUGCGUCGUUACGCUCUCACCCAGCCAGCAGCAGCAGCAGCAACAGCAGCUGCAGCAACAGCAGCUGCAGCAACAGCAGCAGCAGCAGCAAGCAGCAGCAGCAGCGGGCAGUGCAGCACAGAGAUUUGCGGCUUCAGCUGUGGCAGCUGUUCUCACGGCGGGUUUGCAGCAUGAAGUGCAGCAGCAGCAGCAGCAGCAACAGCAGCAGCAGUCGGUGCUGCCUCUGCUGCUGCUGGCGGCAUACGCAGCAUCUCGCAGCACAGCUGCUGCAUCUGCUGUUUCCGUCAGUUUUUUGCUGCACAUUUUGCUGCUGCCUCAAAUCAUAGGGCCCCCCACACCAGUGCUGCGCCCACAACCUCUAA